AGCGCGUAUGACGACAUAAUCUUGUUUGGAAAUAAGAAACAAAGAAUAAGGAACUAAAAAUGUUUUGCGUGACGUGUAUCAUUAUAUAAUAGUACCCCCUUUCCCCCGCCCCCACCAGCUGACUCAGACACACACACACACACACACACACACACACACACACACACACACACACACACACACACACACACACACACACACACACACACAAAGGACUUCAUUACUUGUUUCUACUAUUACUGCUACUCCCACUGUAACCAGACACCCACAUACUCACUCGCAAACACACACACACACACACACACACACACACACACACACACACACACACACACACACACACACACACACACACACACACACACACACACACACACACACACACAAAUGAUUUCACCACUUACUACUACUACUACUACUACUACUACUACUACUACUACUACUACUGCUGCUACUACUACUACUACUACUUCUAUUACCACUCUUACCACACACACACACACACACCUGGCUAUACCUGACACACACUAACGCACUUCAUCCAAUAAACUCAAAGAAAUAAGGUCAAAUUCUUUAUAUAACCAACACGCAAUAUAUGUAUUUUUUUCCUCACUUGAUAUUUUUACACCAGCUGACACCCACAAACUUCAGGGGCCUCCUUCCCUAACCUGUUACCUCCUGACACCCCUUCCCUAGUCACCCCUUUCUCUUGCCCCCUGCCGUCCCCUUUAGGUAUGCAAGACUAGUCAGAAAACCCCAUAAGUGUCUCUCCUUCAGUUGCAGUCAUGAUUUCCAAGCGAGUGGGUUGCUGUUCCCUUCUCUCCCUUCUGCCUCUCCUUGCCUCUCUCCCUAACCUCCUCCUGUUACUCCUCCGCGUCCUUAUCCUUCCGUGCCCUUCCUCCAGCCUUACUCUGGACGCCAUAACUACCACUACUACUACACCCACUACCACAGAAGUAGCUACGACCUUUGACACCACGAUCUCCACCACCACGCCACUGCAGGAAGACGACUGGCUGCACGUCCUUACUGACCAGGAGGACGAUUACGACUACGACGAGGAUGACUAUUGGCUCCUGAACCAAACUAACUGCUUCCCAUCUGAUCCCUCGCACGAUCAGAGCCCGAAGAAAGACACUAUUGAUUUCCACGAUGUAAGGAAGCAAAUUGUUGAACACAUCGUGGGGGAAGGGAGUUGUCAGACCCGGAGCAUCUGAGACUAAGGGCCCUCGCUGCUUGGAGAUACCAGGGCAGAAAGUGGGUUGUGGUGAAUGGUGGGCCUCUGUUUCUCUCUCCUGGACUGGGUGCCUUCGACGGGGUCCUGCAGGGAGGCGAGGCGAAUGAGGAUGCAGUGGUAGAGGAAAGUAUCGAUGGAAACAGAACGAUGAGUGAAGGGAACGAGGAACAAGAGUAUGGAAAUGAGAGAGAAGAAGAUGAAGGGAGAAAAGAGAUGAAUACGGAGGGCAGUGAGGAUGCAGUAGAAGAAAGCAGUGAUGAGGAAAGAAACGAAGAAAGGAGAGAAGCAGAAGAAGAAGAAGAAGGGAAGACGACAGUAGUAAAUGACAGAGAAGGUGAUAAUAACUCCACACUGGUCAGUAAAGGUGGAAAUCACAUGUAUACCGAGGGAAACAUGACAUACGACGACAGCGAAGGGGGAGAAGGAAGCACAAACGAACACAAUGGAAGAAAAAACAGCAGCAGAUCUAUUAGCCCACAUAAGGGAGAAGAGAUCGAUGAAGUAUCACACGAGAGAGAAGAACAAGAAGAAAUUGAAGUACAAGAGAGAAAAAGAGAUGCGUUAGUUGACGAACAGACGACAGGGAUAAGCGAGGUGACGGUGGAGGAGGGAACCCGUCUUCGCCUCGUGUGCAAUGUGACGGGGGUGAAGCACAUAUGGGUAGAGUGGCGGCGGGCAGCGAACCUCACAUUCCCCGGCGGGUCAGCGGUGGUGGGCGGCAGGUCCGUGUUGUUUGACUUCGUGGGGAGGGAGGACGCUGGCACUUACAUCUGCACCGCCAGGAACCCACACGGCGCCACCUACUCCACCUCCGUCACUAUACGUGUCCAAUAUGUCCCUGUGGUGGGGGGUGUGGGGGCGCACCGUCGGAGAGGAGGGCGUGGAGAUCGGGUGCCUGGGGGAGGGGCAGCCGCGCCCUACCCUAGCGUGGUAUAAGAAUAAUACCACACUGCCCGCUGUGUGUGACGGG